CCAAGACUGAGCUCUAAAGCCUGAGCACCGAACUUUGAUUUUCGCUUAUCCCUCUGGUAUGGUAGCGGCUCCUACUAUGUAGUUUAGGCUUAUAAUGAGGGGAACUACACGAUGUGCCAAACACCAACAAAAUUUUACUACUGGUAAUUUUGCACGUUGAAAAAUGUCACAGCCAGAUAAGAAGGAAAUGGAGCCUAAAUCCGAUAUUGAAGUCGGUUUGGGGGAAAGCCAGCCAAUAGACUCUGAGGCCAUGACCAAGGCAGGCAUUGAUGCCAAUGAGGCUAGCAAGUCUAAGGCGUUGCAUUUACUUGCAAACCGACAGAUCGACUUCGAUCCGGAUUCUCCAGAAGCCAAAAGAGUGCUUCGAAAGAUUGACAUGAGGAUCAUGCCUAUGGUGAUUGGGAUUUAUUUGCUUCAGUUGAUAGACAAGAAUAGUUUGUCUUUUGCAGCGAUAAUGGGAAUCAAGACAGAGACACACCUGACUUCAAGUGAAUACUCCUGGCUAGGAUCGCUUGUGUACUUUGGAUAUCUCGGUGGCGAGAUUCCAGCAACAUUCCUCAUGCAACGAUUCCCACUGGCCAAAUAUCUAGGCAUUAUGAGCAUGCUUUGGGGCUUUAUAGUCGCCAUGCACGCAGUAUGUCACGAUUUCGGCGGUCUCGCCGCUAUGCGCUUUUUGUUGGGGUGUGUCGAAGUAUGCACGACGCCCGUAGUCAUCUACAUUACCAGCUCAUGGUACACGCGAAGGGAACAAGUGACCAGGGUCGCACUUUGGUACACAACCUCCGGCUGGGCCUCAGUAAUCGGUGGUUUCAUUGCAUGGGCCAUCUAUCAGGCUCACAGUUUCCGGUGGCAGGGUAUUUUCGUGCUUUAUGGAUCGCUUACCUUUGUAUUUGGCAUAAUUAUUUUCUUCUUCCUAGCAGCUUCGCCAACUGACGCUAGGUGGCUGACGGAGGAUGAAAAGGCGAUCGCGUUGGAAAGAGUUCGGAAUAACAAAACCGGCACGGAAGUUUGGGGCUUUAAUAAGGAUCAGGUCAAGGAGGCAUUAUGCGACGUGAGGUUUUAUUUGAUCUUCCUGGUGAUGGUCACAACCGGGUUGCCCAACGGUGGUUUGACAGCUUUCGGACCCACCAUCAUCGCGGGCUUUGGCUUCGACACCAACAAGACCACUCUGUUGAGCAUGGCGCCCGGAGCUGCCGCUGUUGUUGGUACAGGGGUAGCUUUACUCGUAGCAAAAUUGACAAACCGUACGAUCACAGGCAUCUACACAGUGCUACUAGGAUGUGUCGGCGUUAUCAUGAUGCUCGCAAUACCCAGUGAGAAUUAUACGGCUCGAUAUGGGGGUUAUGUUCUUACUCUGCAGUAUCCUAUAUGUAUCUUGUCAAUUGUUGCUUUCAUGACAGCCGGUGUAGGUGGCACAACCAAAAAAUUCGCCUUUGGCGUUGCUUAUCAGCUUGGGUAUGCAGUGGGCAAUAUUAUAGGACCUCAGACAUUCCGAGCUCAUGAGGCUCCUAAUUAUUAUAGCGCAAAAUUCACCAUGCUUGGAUCCCUAAUUGUGACCAUCAUCCUGAUUGCUAUCAUUGGUCUAGUCCAUUGGAGGUGGAACCGUAAGCGGGACAAUCAGGAUGCAUUGGAUGCCCAGAACGGUAUUAUGCAUGCACAUGUUGCGAAUGAAGAAUUCACGGAUCAGACAGAUUUCAAUUUAAGGGCUUUCCGGUAUCCCCUGUAAUAAAACCGUCACUGUCACUUGGUCUGUUGGAUAUCAAUUUUUAUGGGACUAUGGAAGCUGUUCAAGAUGGACCAAAUCAGUCCAUUGAUUGGUGUUGUUUCGUAGGGGAUAUUUUGUAUCGUUGAGAUCAGCGUAUUCACAUGUAGACAGUGGUCAUAUAUACCAGUUGACAUGUAUCAUCCCACAUGUAUGUCCAGCAUGUUUGCCGGAUCAUUGACGGGGUCUAAUUUGAAAAGGGAAACAAUCCACGCUGUUUUUCAAGCCUUCAACCAUACAUAAGUAU